UGAUCUCUAGUCCUGUAGAAUAGUGCCCUCUGCAGGCUAUUUGAUAAAGCAAACUCAUUAAGCCGUAGUUCAGGGAAAACUUCACUAGGUUCAACUGCCUGUAGGUUGUUUAGUGGGAGUUAAAUGUCCUCAUCAAGGGCCUCGAAUGCCCUACUUUGCUGCCCUACACCUGUCAUUUAAACUCUUACCUGUAAAACGCUCUUUCCCUUCUCCCCUCCUUCCUUUCCUCUAUUAUAUAAAAUGGGUUCCUGUCACACAAGGCAUUGAGAUUUGUAUUUGUAUUGUAGACAUGACAUCCAUUCUGUCGGUCUCAUCUGUUCUGUUGGUUCUAAAGCUCUGCUCAGGCGAGUGGUGCUACCAGAGCCAGUUUUCCUGUCAGGACGCAUGUAGAGUUCCUUCGGAGUGGAAGAAUGCGUUUCCUAAUUGCGGAGGUCAGAGACAAUCGCCUAUCAAUAUCGUCACACGCAAAGUGAAGCAUGAUCCAAAACUGACCAAUAUUAUCUUUGAUGGUCAUGACAAGGUUUUUAAUAUGAGUGUGGAAAACCAUGGACAUUCAGCUUACUUCACUCUCCCUCAGUCUGUGCGUCUCCUUGGAGGGGGUCUGCCAGCCGCAUACAAGGCCAUUCAGUUUCACCUGCACUGGGGAGAGAACAGCGGCCAGGGGUCCGAGCACUCUGUGGACGGGGAGCGUUAUCCCAUGGAGCUCCAUAUUGUUCACAUUAAAGAGAAGUAUGGCAGCUUGGGAGAGGCUCUAAAUGACUCUACAGGGGUGGCAGCACUUGCCUUCUUUUUUGAGGUGACCACUGGCCAAAACAAACAGCUUGACAGAGUCAUAAAGGCUUUAGGAAAAGUCCGACAUGAAGGAAACAGCAGUGAAGUUGAAGACUUUAAAUUGGGCGACAUCAUCCCACCAGCCAAUAAACUGAACUACUAUCGGUACUUGGGUUCCUUGACCACACCAGGAUGUGACCAGGCCGUCGUGUGGACGGUUUUCCAAAAGACUCUGCCCAUAAGCAAAAAUCAGCUGAUGUCAAUGGAUAAACAGCUGUUAUUCGGAACAGAAAAACCAAUGACUGGAGUUUUCCGUCCCGUGCAGAAUCUGAAUGGACGGGUUGUGUACACGUCUGUGCCAGCUCACAGUCUGUGCGUCCUGCCCAGUCUGAUCACCCUGUUUCUGUGCCUCUUUUGUGUUUUUGGACAACAAAGGUGUUUUCACUGAAUGGUAGAGACCGCAUCUCUUUUAACAAAGGAUGUUCCAUAUUAAACUUCCAGAAGCAAAGUAUACGUAAUCAGCUGAGCACUGAAGUGAAGGCACUGGGACAGAUCUCUGGCACUGACCGUGGAAAAGAGAUAUCUAUUUUCUGUGUUCACACAGCUAUUCAUAUUCUCAUUGUUACCUCUUAUGUCUUCCGAUGUGCUCUUUUAGUUGUGGCAGCUUUGGCAAUUUUUUGGGUUUCUCAUAUGUUUUCCAUUACUUUUUUGGUUAGCAUUUAAAGUAUUUUAAAAUAUAUUCUAUCUAUAGUGCCGUCAAAAGAUUAAUCUCGAUGAAUCACACUCGUCCAAAAGUUUUUGUCUACAAAUUAUGUGUAUGUACGGUGUAUAUUUAUUAUACAAGUUUAUUAAAGCAUAUAUUUUGAAAAUAUGUCCAUGCAUUUAUGUGUUUAUAUAUUUAUAUUCAUAUAAAUCAUAUCAUAUAUUGAAAUAUUUAAUA